ACUUUUAUCUAUGAGGCUGCUGGCUCAUGGUGUGUUUACUGACCUGAGCGGGAAUGUCCCUGAAAGGGCUUCAGUCAGAGAGUCAAUAUUCUGACGAAAGAGUUCUCAUAAAACAAAUCAUUUUUUGUUUUCUUACACGCCUUUUCAAAUUCCCUCCUCUUGACCCACAUGUAUGUCAGUCUUUACAGACGUGUCUUUGUAUCAAACUCUCCAAGUCAUCAGCCAUGGACAGAAAGAUGCUGCUGCUUGUGUGCCUGCAGGUUUUCCUGCUCAUCUCAACCUUCACUUCUACUGAUGCAGCCGCUCUGGGGACAAAUCGUCAACAAAGCCAACAACUACCACAGGUAAAUCCAGUAAGAAGAUGCUGGAAAUUCUCUUGUGUGUUCCUGAGAGUCAGAGGUGGAAUUGUUGUGUUCCUGAUUUGUUACAGUUCCUAUCAAACUGCUGGAGGCGGCCAGGUGCAUGUUCUUCCUUCGGCAAGGUAAAUUUGCUUAAAUUUGAUCAAUGUUAAUCAGAAUCUACAUUGACAAAUACCAGAUAAGGAUGUGUGUUUGUUUUUUACAGGGGCCUACUGAUGAACUGAAGGCUACACCGGUAAACUGAUUACUCACAAACAUUAAACACAACAAAUAAGUAAAGAAAUAUAAUGAUGGCCUUACCUGCCCUGGCUUGUACUGAUCCCAUGUGUGUCCACUGCUGUUUGUGCUGCCUUCAGCUGCUUCACCUGCAGUCAGGAAUGAAAAGAAAGAAACAGAGCCAUACAGCCAGGGUCAUACUUAUUGAUCUAUUGCCUUCAAACUGUCCUGAAUUCAGCGACUUCACUUGAUAUUCUCUCUUUCCCUCCAGAGUCCAGUUGAAUUAGAGGAGUUCCUGUCUGUCAUACAGAUACCUAAAGUAGCCUUCAGGUAAACUAAACUUUACCUUAAAAUGUUCAAUAAAAAUCAGAUCACAUCCAUUUGAAUUACUGUCAUAAAGAAUGUAAACAUAAGUGAGCACUUUCCUUUUCUUCUGAUUAACCUAAACCUGUUUUCAGCUAACUGCUUAAUAUUGAGAUUAUUGCUUCAUUUCACUGAUUUGUAUUUCUGUCUUCAGUGCUGAGGACGAGGACUUACUCUUCACUUAAAGUCAAGAAAGUGGAAAGCUGUGCAAUCUAACUUCAGCCCUUAAUGGCCGCAGUAAGGGCUGAUACACAAAGUAGUCAUAAAAUAUAUCAUAUAUUAUCAUGGAGAUGAAGCUGCUUUGUUGCUACACUGUAGUAUCAUUGUUAUUUUAAUGUCUGAAUUCAGUACAGCAAAUUGUGGUUGAAGCUGUUUUUGGUGAGCACUGGCUAAGAAACUCAAAUAAACUGAAAACUUUUAAACACACAGUUACAGAUCUGUUGUUUUGCUUCAACUUGGAUGAAAUGAUUUAAACUUUUCAGUACAAGAAUUAAAGCUCCUAUGAGUCCCUGUUUGUGUGGAUUUUGGCGCCCCCUGUUGACACAAAGUACCUCUAACACCUUUGCUGGUUGGGUUCUUCUCAUGUUAAAGUCAUGUUUUCUAAAUGAGCAUAAUCACAUUGUUUUUUGACAGUUAAAUGGCAAGUUUGGUUUGUUUCUUUACACCUUAAAUUCACUCUGUUUAUUUUUUAAAGGAUAAAUUAAUAAAGCAACGUAUCAUCUUUGGGCCUCUGUUAUUUAAAGGUGGAGGCAGGUGUAGGGCUUUGGUUCAACUUUCAGAACAACAUCAUGCCACUUCAGAAACAAAGAACAGAAUGUCAAAAUAGCCUACCUGCAUUUUUUAUAGACUUAAUUAGACUUCUCCUUCAUUACUUUUUAAUGGGUCUCUCAUCUUACAAGCCCUCAUAAUAUUUAAUAAUCUAUUUUUAUAUUUUUUAUAUUCUAACUCUGCUUCUACUGAUUUCUGCCUAAUAAAUAACCUAUAUAAUGAGUUCUUUUUUUUUUACAAGCCUUUUGCAGACCUUUGGUCAUCCAGGGAUUUUCUACAUAUUUAUUCUUGUUAGUGUAUUGUUUUAAAGGGCAAUUCUUAUUGUAGAGUUCGAUAAAUGUAUCUAAAAAUUGAUUAUAGGCUAUAUUAACAUCUGUUUCCUCACAUACCUCACUCCAGUUGUAUUUCAGAAGUUCGUCUUUGAAUGCAGAUAAGGAUUCCGAAGAUCUAAAUCUCUUAUAUCUGACUUCAUUUAACACCCGUUUCUUCUUAUAAUUACAUUCGUAAACAGCAAAAACAGGCAAAUGAUCACUGAUGUCAUUAAUCAAUAUAUCACUUUUGUUACCAUCCAUAUUAUUGGUAAAGAUGUUAUCAAUUAAGGUUGCACUAUGGGUUGUUAUACUGGUUGGUUUAGAUAUAGUUGGAAACAAACUCAUACUAUACAUGACAUCGAUAAAAUCAUUUGUCUUUUUAUGUCCUUGGGGAUUCAAUAAAUCAAUAUUAAAAUCACCACAUACAUAAAUUACUUUCUGCCCUAAUGAGCCAAAUAACACUCCCAUAUUGGUUAUAAAUAAUUCAAUAUCAGAACCUGGUUUUCUGUACACACAGCUAACCAUUACUUUUUUCAUUCUCUCAGUGUCAAUCUCAAUCGUGAUACACUCCAUCACAUUGUCAACAACCACUGACAUUUUAUCAAUAAUUUUGUAAAAUAAACCUUUGUUUACAAACAGAGCAACACAACCAUACUUUCCAGAAUCCCUGCUUACAUAAUGAAAAUUGUAAACAUUUAAAACAAAAUCAGCACCCUUCUCAUUGUUAAUCCAUGUUUCAGAAACAGCAACAAUACUAAAAUCAUUUUUAAAACCCUUCAAAGAUUCUUUUAUGUCGUUAAAAUGUGCAUAAAGACUUCUACUUUUAGUUGUUUUAUGUUUCAAGUUGUUUUAUGGCUCUUCCACUUCCUCACUAAUGACUCUUAAGUCUAUUUGACUGUGCUCCCUGCUUUCAUUCAGUUACAAAAAAACAUCAAAACAAAAGAUUGAGAUUGUGUUUUAGCAAUAACAGCAGCACCUUGAAAUUAUACUUUGAAAAAACAGGUCUGGUUAGUUUUUCCUCCACACAGACCACAAUAGACAGAGUUGAAGCCCCGCCCUUUCUUGGUUUUGAUUUGUUUCUGAAGUUGCAUGAUGUUGUUCUAAAAGUUGAACCAAAGCCCUACACCUGCCUCCACCUUUAAAUAACAGAGGCCCAAAGAUGAUACGUUGCUUUAUUAAUUUAUCCUUCAAAAAAAUAAACAGAGUGAAUUUAAGGUGUAAAGAAACAAACCAAACUUGCCAUUUAAGUGUCAAAAAACAAUGUGAUUAUGCUCAUUUAGAAAACAUGACUUUAACAUGAAAAGAACCCAACCAGCAAAGAUGUAAGAGGUACUUUGUGUCAACAGGGGGCGCCAAAAUCCACACAAACAGGGACUUAUCAAUGCAUCAAUUCAUGUUCUGAAAAGUUUAAAUCAUUUCAUCCAAGUUGAAGCAAAACAACAGAUCUGUCACUGUGUGUUUAAAAGUUUUCAGUUUAUUUGAGUUUCUUAGCCAGUGCUCACCAACAACAGCUUCAACCACAAUUUGCUGUACUGAAUUCAGACAUUAAAAUAACAAUGAUACUACAGUGUAGCAACAAAGCAGCUUCAUCUCCAUGAUAAUACAUGAUAUAUUUUAUGACUACUUUGUGUAUCAGCCCUUACUGCGGCCAUUAAGGGCUGAAGUUAGAUUGCACAGCUUUCCACUUUCUUGACUUUAAGUGAAGGUAAAGUCAUCGUCAUCCUCAGCACUGAAGACAGAAAUACAAAUCAGUGAAAUGAAGCAAUAAUCUCAAUAUUAAGCAGUUAGCUGAAAACAGGUUUAGGUUAAUCAGAAGAAAAGGAAAGCGCUCACUUAUGUUUACAUUCUUUAUGACAGUAAUUCAAAUGGAUGUGAUCUGAUUUUUAUUGAACAUUUUAAGGUUAAGUUUAGUUUACUUGAAGGAUGAAGAAAUCUGCAUUCCAGCCGGUAUUUCUUUAAAUUCAACUGGAUCCUGGAGGGAAAGAGAGAAUAUCAAGUGAAGUCGCUGAAUUCAGGACAGUUUGAAGGCAUAAGAUCAAUAAGUAGGAACACCAAUAAGUAGGAACACAACAAUUCCAGCUCUGACUCUCAGGAACUCAUUUAACAUUGAGACUCAAAACAAAAGUGUUUAAAAAUCUUGUGCAACACAAGAGAAUUUCCAGCAUCUUCUUACUGGAUUUUGCUGUGGUGGUUGUUGUUGGUUUUGUUGACUACUUUUCCCCAGAGUGGCUGCAUCAGUAGAAGUGAAGGUUGAGAUGAGCAGGAAAACCUGCAGGCACACAAGCAGCAGCAUCUUUCUGUCCAUGGCUGAUGACUUGGAGAGUUUGAUACAAAGACAUGUCUGUAAAGACUGACAU